ACUCAGAUGCCGGCAAUACCGUAGGUAACUGCAGCGCAAUGGAUCAUGAAGUAUAGACAAGUUUAGAUAAGAUUAUUUUGAGUACGUUAAAGUCUUGAUUAUUUUCAACGAUACGUUGGAGUGUGGUUCAGUGAACGGCUGCUAAUAUGUCUGGCUUUGAUGAAAAUCCUUUUGGGGAACCGAAUAUCAAUGAUCCAUUUUCGGAUCCUGCAAUAAGAAGGGCUGUAUCUUCUACUCCAGCUAAUAGAGGAUUAGAAGAUUAUAAUCCUUUUGCAGAACAAGGUUCACAAGGGACAGCACAAGUCAGAGGUGCUUCAAAUCCUCCAAUCUAUGGAGGUCUUGGAGCAACACAGCAACCAGCUACACUUCAGCCUUCGAACCAAGAACCUCCAGCAACUAACUAUGCCCGUACUCCACAACAAACAGUGAAUACAGCACUUGGCAGCACAAUAUCCCCAACUUCAGAUCAAAGAUCAGAGUCAGAAUGGAAAACAAGAACAGAGGAAGAUAUGAGGAACACACCAUAUUAUCCAAAAAGAAACAACUGGCCUCCUUUACCUGAUAAGUGCUGCUUUCAACCUUGCUUCUAUCAAGAUAUUGAUGUAGAAAUUCAUACAGACUUUCAAAAGAUAGUCAGACAGCUAUAUCGUUUAUGGAUGUUUCAUGGUUGUGUUUUAAUACUUAAUAUUAUCGGUGGAUUCAUCUUACUUUUAUGUAAUGGAGGAUUUUCAACAUUUGGUCUUGGAAUAUUAUAUCUGAUAUUAUUUACACCAUUCUCAUUUUUAUGCUGGUUUAGACCAGCAUACAAAGCUUUCAAAAAUGAUAGCUCUUUUAACUUCAUGGUAUUUUUCUUUGUCUUCUUCUUUCAAUUAAUUGUCACAGCAAUUCAAGCUAUAGGCAUUCCUGGCUCAGGAACUUGCGGCAUUAUAGUUGCUUUCACGAUGUUUGAUAACACAGCUAAAGGAAUAUUUGUUGGGUUUUUAUUACUCCUCAUUGCCCUUUGUUUUGUUCUUGCUGCGUUCGGUGAUCUGUUAUUAUUAACCAAGAUUCAUCGCAUAUAUCGCUCGUCGGAUGCAAGCGUUUCGAAAGCACAACAAGAAUUCGCGACGACUUUCUUACGCAAUGAACAUGUACAAAAUGCAGCAAGUAAUGUUGCUGCCAAUGCUGUACGCGCCCAAAUGGCUAACGCUGCUAAUCAACCACGCUAUUAAAGUGAUUCCAUCACAAUCCAGGAUUUAUUCUUCAGCCUCGUGAACGGAUGUUCUGUCCUGUGAGCUCAUGGUUGUGAAUUCAUCCACGCAACAGACGCCUCCAUCUGCUAAUACAAGGGCCCCAGCUUCUAGAUGCCAUCCUUCUGAGUCCUAACGUGCAUGUAUAUGAAGAAAAUUAUAUAGAUAUUAAUCAUUAAGGACAGAAGAUAGUAUGAGUCUAUUUACUCUAACAGCGGUUGCAGUGAGUCCAGCUGCAGUCGAUCCUACACCGGUCGUAAGAACCGAUCUUAUAGCCAAACGAGAUGCUGCACGAAGCAAUUGGGAUUUACCAGUUCCAGGAUCGCCGACCAAAAGAAGAUGAGGUUCUCCGCGCACACGUGUUCCUUUUUUUAUUUAUAAUGAUAUAAUUGUAUUUUAUAUAAAGAAUAAAAAGAAUGAUAAUAAAGGGAA